GAAGGCGCUACCCACGGCUUAAGUAAAAGCACAGAGAGCAGAGGCACUCAGUCUGACAGCUGCUGGGGGUUUAAAGGAGUUGGUGGAUUUCGGCUGGUUUUGAACAAGACUGAAGGGGGUGGGUUUUUUCUUCUCUCCUGUGCAGAAAUACUGAAAGGACAAAAAUACUGGAAAUAAUGAAAAAAGUGUGCCACAACUCUUGAUCAGAGACCUGAAAUUUGAGAAGAAGUCAUUAGCUAAGCUCAUGUUUUCUCCUGAUCAAGAAAAUCAUCCAUCAAAAGCACCAGUAAAAUAUGGUGAAUUGAUUGUAUUAGGGUACAAUGGGUCUCUCCCAAAUGGAGAUAGAGGAAGAAGAAAAAGUAGGUUUGCUUUAUUUAAAAGGCCCAAGGCAAAUGGGGUGAAACCUAGCACCGUGCAUAUUGCCUGUACCCCUCAAGCAGCAAAGGCAAUAAGUAAUAAGGACCAACACAGCAUAUCUUACACUUUGUCUCGGGCCCAGACGGUAGUAGUUGAAUAUACCCAUGACAGCAACACAGAUAUGUUCCAGAUUGGUCGAUCAACGGAGAGUCCUAUAGACUUUGUUGUGACAGAUACAGUUCCUGGAAGUCAGAGUAAUUCAGAUACACAGUCUGUGCAGAGCACUAUAUCAAGGUUUGCCUGCAGAAUCAUAUGUGAACGUAACCCUCCUUUUACAGCAAGAAUAUAUGCUGCAGGAUUUGACUCCUCAAAAAACAUCUUUCUUGGGGAGAAAGCUGCGAAGUGGAAGACAUCAGAUGGGCAAAUGGAUGGACUAACUACAAAUGGAGUUCUUGUUAUGCAUCCCCGUAACGGAUUUACAGAAGACUCCAAGCCAGGGGUGUGGAGAGAGAUAUCUGUGUGUGGGAAUGUGUUCAGCCUCCGUGAAACCAGAUCAGCUCAGCAGAGGGGGAAAAUGGUUGAGAACGAAACGAACCAACUCCAAGAUGGCUCUCUCAUUGACCUGUGUGGAGCAACGCUGCUGUGGCGCACUGCGGAAGGGCUUUCACGCACUCCUACUGUCAAGCACCUGGAGGCACUAAGACAGGAAAUAAACGCGGCGAGGCCCCAGUGUCCCGUGGGGUUUAAUACCUUGGCGUUUCCCAGCAUGAAGAGGAAAGAUGUUGUAGAUGAAAAGCAGCCGUGGGUGUAUCUGAACUGUGGCCACGUCCACGGCUAUCACAACUGGGGAAACAAAGAGGAGAGAGACGGCAAAGAUCGCGAGUGUCCCAUGUGCCGCUCUGUCGGCCCCUACGUGCCUCUGUGGCUUGGAUGUGAAGCGGGAUUUUAUGUGGAUGCAGGACCUCCAACUCACGCGUUCAGCCCGUGUGGACACGUGUGCUCAGAAAAGACAACUGCGUAUUGGUCCCAAAUUCCUCUUCCUCAUGGUACUCACACUUUUCAUGCAGCCUGUCCGUUCUGUGCGCAUCAGCUGGCUGGUGAGCAAGGUUACAUCAGACUCAUUUUCCAAGGACCUCUUGACUAACACAUGUGUUACCGAGGACUGCAAUAAACUGAUAAGCUAAGCGAUUCUGAUUUUUAAACCAACUGUUUUUCGUAUUCUCUGGGCUUUGCUGGUUUGCAUUAAGAUGAAGAAUUUUUUGGGUUUUUGUUACAACAGCUAAAUCCCUCUCUAUCCAGAAAAGUCUGGAAAUGGAAGAAACAGGGGGAGAAGGGGGAGAACUCCUGCCUUUUUUUUUAGUUAAUAACUACUUCUGAAGAGGUGAAGGAGGUGGUGUAGAGUGAACUUCGAUGCCUUCCAUUUUAAUGGUUUUGAAUCACAUGCCCACAGUAUUUGAAAGUUGUUUCAUUCUUUUUGUAUAUGGAGGGUAAAUAGUUCAAAGAACAUUAGUUUACAGCUUGGAUGCAAACGUUGUAAAAUAUAACGUGUAUAUUAACUCUUUUCUAUUUAUCUUUAUUAUUGAAAAUACGUAGAAUGAUUAGAGAGUAGCAUGGUCAUAGUGUGUUCAUCCAGCAAUUGGAUGUGUAGAGUAGUUCUGGAUGGAGAGGGACGUGAGAUGGAAAUGGUAGAAAAACCUUUUUUAAUCUAAAAUACUGAGUUCUUAGAAUAGUUAAAAUGCUUUUUAAACAAAGCUAAUGCAAAUUAUGAUGGCAUAAAGGUGUGCUUUAACCAUGUUGAAAGGUAGAUAAGAAGGACUUCUUAAUGUCUUUUUGGUAGGACUGUACUUAAGAUCUGGUUAUGAGGAGAGUAUUUACCAGACUCUUUGAAUAUGCAACUUAGUCUAGAUUAAGGAUUUUUUCUCCCUUCAUGCUAACACAUCUCUUUAAUUUAGCAUUAGUGACAUUUGUGAGGGUUUUUCCAAUGUUAUAAACAUUAACAACCCUGAAAGACGAGAUUCACUUUGUUCCUUGCUGUUUGGGGCGGGGGUGAGGGGAGAGGCGGAUGCGCCCGUGCACAUGGGUGGGGAGAAGGGAGCAAUUUGUGAAUCGGCCAAGGUCACACCUUGUGACAGGCUCGUCAGCCGGGUGUUCUGCCUUUCUUCUGGCCCAUUGCAGACUGGCACGCUUGGGCGCAUGGGAGCCACGGGCUUGCCUUUACCCUGCUGCAAGGAGCUGGGUGCAAAUACUCAUCUAGGCCACACGGGGAACAAAGUUGAAGCCUGGUACCCAAGGGAUGUGUGCCUGUGUCCUAGCAUCCUUGUGCAACUUGUCACAAUUGGCAGUCUGUUAGGGGAGAGCUUGAGCUGGGACUGGACCGGACUCGUAGAGCUGAGGGUGCGCUGCUUGCGUGAGGACUGCUCACGCUGCGGUGGGCGCUAGUUAGUAGUCCCUCUCCGCUCUCCCCUCCCUACCCUUCCUUUCCCCCUGUAUCCACCAGAAAAGGCCAGUGCACUACAUCCAGCUUUGCUGCUAACCCACUGUGCUUCAUGGCAAAUACACAACCUGACCUUUCUGGGAUUGAGUUGAGCUUUUUUGGCCAGCUUCACACUUUUUUUUUUUUUUUUCAAAAUACGUACUGUAUAAUUGACAGUAGCAAAUUUCUGUACUUUAUAGCAUAGCUUUAAUUUUUCCUUUCGAAGCUGUUCUAAAAUUUUCUUGGUUUAAAAAGAGGCCUAUGUUGCUUAGAUGUCAUGAAUUAUUUACUUUGACUGUCAAUUGUUUCUCUAUUUUUAAAAAGAAAUUAUAUAUAUUGUUUGGUUCACUCAGGAAAUGCAUGUGUCAGGAAACCUGUAUUAUAAGUUCAGUUAGCUGUCAUGUACAAGUAACUGCUGUUACUCCCUUUCCAUAGAAAUAUAACUGAUUUUGACAUUUUCCAGAUUAUAUGCAUUAAGUAAUGAAACUUAUGCAGCAAGAAAUCCCUGUAUUGUAGUUGUUCUAAUCAUUUUAUUCAAACUAUAGUAUACUGUAGUUUAAUUUUUAUUUGCAAAUUAAUUUAUUCAAACUACGUGAGUAAACACUUUUCAAAAAUAGAAA